GUUGUUGUCCUCAAGGAGGUAGUUGGGGGGGAGUUGUGGCAUUGCGGGGUAAACCCUGGAGGUGACUUGGGAAUAGGUGGGACGGAUGGUGGGGAUGGUGGAGGUCGUCAUGAUGGGUUGGGGAAGGGUAUGGGAGUACGGGGGGGGAAGAGGGGUGAUGUGGAUGGGCGAGGAAGGCGGUGUGCUGGAUGCGCCGGAUGAGGGAGGAGGUGGGGGGAAUGAAACGGUAGUGGACGUUAAAGGCCGUGGUGACGACCGUGAUGGAGGGGUUGUCCCCUUUGAGCGGAUGACGCGGUCGGAUAUGGACGACAUGGUGACCUUUAUGUCGUCCAGAGAGGCGGUGACGGAGGUUUGGAAGGUGUCGAGUGCGUGGAGGAUGGUGGAGAGGUCGGGGGUGGCGGUGUUUGCUGGUGGUUAUUCGCGUGCGAGGUUGCGGGUGAUGCUAUCGACCGAGUCGGCGCGGAUGUCAAACAUGUUGAUGGAGGAUGCGGUCGUAACGGGGGAAAAGGGGGUGGAGGACGCGGACGGAACGGAUGUGGAGGAUGCAGCCGCAGUGGUGGCGGCAGCAGCAGCGGCGGCGGCGGCAGCAGCGCGUUGGGAGUUCUUGGUGUUGCGUGGUGGCAUGUGGAGAUUCGGGGGAGAGGGGAGUUUCUGAUUUAUUUAUCAAUAAAUAAAGAUAAUUGCCAAGGUUUUUCAAAUUCCGAAUUUACAAAAUGUCAAAAAAGAAUUAAAUAAAUUUCAAGAAGGAGGAUUUUUUAUUUUUAUUUUUUUGAAAAAGGAGAGGAUAAAAGGAAUUUGGGGAUUUAUGUGAAGGCAGGGUGUGGGAAUUAAUUUAAUUCGGCAAAAAUGCCCGCAAUAAAUUAGUUCGAGAAAAUUAAAAUUUAAGAUGAAGAUUUUACAAAAAAAAAGGAAUGAAUUUUAAUUGAAUUU